AAAGCUUGUGCAGCACUGGUCACAUUUCGCGCAUUUAAUACCAAUGUCUUUACAAGUUGUAUUUGUUUACAAUAAUAAGACGUAAUGGGCGACGAUCUCGAUAUUUAUAAUGAUUUGGACGACUUCCAGGAAUCUGAAGAGCAGAAAUCCAAAGUGCUGCAGGCCUGGGAAACAAAAUUUGCUGAUGCACAGGUGGAAAUUAACAAUUAUCUGGCGUUAAUCAAAGCGCUUGAAAAGAAAAUCAAAACCAUGGAAGUUAAUUUUCAAAACCUGCUCGACACGGCAAAGGCUGAAAUCAAGCGCAAGGAUACAUUAAUAACACAGCUGCGCAAGGAGAAGGAUGAUAUUUGCUUUAGACGGAAAAGACCCAACAACUUUGCGCAAGUGUCCAAUCCAUCUGUCUCCAAUCCAUCUGUAUCCAAUUCAUCCGUGUCCAAUCCAUCCGUGACUAAUCCAUUCAAACAAACUCAGCGACAAGAACCUAAACGGUUUAAACUGGAGGAGACUGUGGGAGCCUCUGAUGUGGUAUACAGUAGCAACAAGUGGGAUAAGGAGCUUCAAGAUGAUAAGAAAAAGACACAGGAAACUGUACAGGAGAAAAAAACUGACCACAAACGUGGCGAGCAGUUUAACUCUGAAGCCAAAUCUUCGCAACGGAAUAAAGAAAUAAAAGAUAAUAAACAAAAGUCACAGAAUAUUGUAUACGAGAAGAAACCAGACCAUAAACAUGACAAGAAGUUCAGCUCUGACGCAAAAUCUUCGCUGCGGGAUAAUGAAUUAAAAGAUAAUAAACAAAAGUCACAGGAAAUUGUACACGAGAAGAGUGCAGACCACAAACGUGGAAAGCAGUUGAGCUCAUCAUCAUUUGACACCAAACGAGUGCACGACAGAGAUCGCGAUCGAGAUCGUGAUCGAAGCAGACGUCGCAGUCGGAGUCGGAGUAGAAGUCGCACUCGUGAGCGAUGUCGCAGCCGGAAUAUGGAGGAAAACAGGCAUGCAAAAACAAGGGAAUUCCAAAGAAGUCGUCGCAGUCGUUCACGUUCUGCCUCCCGUUCCCGCUCUAGCCAUAGAAACAACAACAAGACUGGUUUCAGUCAUCGCAACAGUUCUCGGGAACAUGAGUCAAAAUCAUCGACAAACGAAAAGCGCAAUAAACAAAAGACUAUGGAGUCACUUUUCGGUAAGACACCAAAGCAGAAUAGUCCAAUCAUGGAGAUAGACACAGAACAAAAAGCUAAAGUAAUGGAAAAGAUGUUGGCCAAUGCGGAACCUUUUACACCCAUAGAGCUGUACACUCCGCAAAGCCAAAUCACAGCUGGAAACAAGGCAACCAGCGACAAACAAGCAACAAGCAAACAACAAACAGAGGAAGAAGUUAAUAAUUAUUUUGUGAGCAAUGUGAAAGAUAUUAAAUUAGAAGACGCUCCCAACGAUAUCGAAGAGAUUGACGCAAAGAAACCAGCUACUAAAAGUGAAGAUCAAUCCACAGAUGCAGCUGAGCAGAUUCCUGGUCUGGGUUUAAUAAAUGAAGAAUAUCUAGAUGGGUCUGAAUCAAAAGAAAAGUUGGAAGACGCUGAAAUUAAAGCAACUGAGCCAGGUUUUGACAAUGAUGGUAAAACCUCACGACAAGAGAAUGAACGAACGCCAAGCGAAUCAAUUAAACCAGCUAAUGAGAACGAAGAAGAAACCAAAGAAACAGUUGAACAUAUUCCUGGUCUAGAUUUAAUAAAUAACUCACAGCAAUCUGAGGUUAAAUCAAUUGAUCAAAUAGAAUUUUCUGAGUACGCUAAAUAUAAGGCAACUCACAAUGAAGAUCAAACCACAAUAGCAAUUGAAAAGAUUCCAGGCCUGGAUUUAAUUACUGAUGAUUAUCAAGAUGGGACUGAAUCGAAAGAUAAUGAUAUUCUUGAGAUGAAGACAACUAUAAAUAAAGACGAAGCCACAAAAGUAAAUGAAAAGAUUCUUGACCAAAAUUUUAUAAUUGAGAAAAAACAAGCAGUGGUAGAAUCAUUUGAAAAAUUAGAAAACAUCCCCAAUGAUAUCGCUGAGAUUAAGGCAACUAAACCAGCUGCUGAGAGUGAAGGUGAAAGCACACGACAUCCGCUUGAACAAACGCCAGCGACUGAUAUCAAAGUAAUUGAACAGAUUCCUGGUCUGGAUUUAAUAACUUGCGUUUCCAAUCAUAUCCCCGAAAAUGAGCCAACUAAACCAGUGACUGAAACUGAAGAUGAAUCUACAAGGACAAUUAAACAGAUUCCUGGUCUGGACAUAAUAAUUGAUGAACUACAUAACGUUCUCAAUGAUAUUGCUGAGAUUAAGGAAACUGAAAAUGAAGAUCUAACUACUGAAGCAAAUGAACAAAACCGUGGACUAGAAAUAAAAACUAACAAGUAUCAAGCUGGAGAUAUUUUAAUUGCUCAACUAGAACGUGUUUCCAAUGAUACUCUUGAGAUUAAGACAACUGCAAAUAUAGAAAAUACCAAAAAAACAGUUAAAAUAAUUCCAGGGCAGAAUUUAUUAACUAAGGAAGAUCUAGCUGAGUCUAAAUCAAUUGAAGAUUUACAAGACGCUUCCAAUGAUUUCGCUGAAAUUAAGGCAACUAAACCAACUACUGAGAAUGAAGAUCAAACCUUACGACAAACUGCAACUGAAGAAGAAUCGAAAGUAAUUGAUAAUAAAAAAAUGGAUGAACAGUUAACCGGAACUGAAAAUAAACAGACAAAACCCAGCUGUAAUGAAAUCGAAUCCAAUGAUGAAAAGGUUUCAAGGAAUAAAACAAAAAAAUCACCGAUUAUAGAAGCAAAGCUUAAAAAUGUAAUUCAAGUUAUAAAAGAAACUGAGGAAAUUGAUAAAGUAAAUCUACAAUCGAAGGAAGAGUCCAAUAACAGCGAUAAACAAUCAAUAUCCUGCUUAAAACUAAUUGAAUCAGAAGCUGAAAACGUUAUGAGAAGAGCAAAUGACACUUUAGUGGUUAUAGAAGCACCUUCAGAUGAUAAUAAUGCUACGCCCGAGUGUCAGGUCCUUCCCCCUAACGGUGUUCAAAUUAUUGAAGACAUUCGCCUUCCUGUUAUGAUGGAUAUAGAGCAUAUUGCUUUAAGCGUAGACUGGCAAAGUGACAAAGAUGAGGAUGAUGGUUUAGAAAGCGAAAGAGACAAAGAAGUUUAUUUAAUUGCUGCUGAGAAAGCCGAAGAAAACAGUGAUGAAGACCAAUUGAAACCGAUGGAAUCUGAUAAGGAGAUAGAAAUAUCACCAGAAAAUCCGACUGCAGAUUCCGAAGAUGUGCAGGCAAUAGCAAUCAAUGAAAGCGAACUCGAGUCGAAUGUUGAGGUCGAUACAACAUUGUUACCAAAACCAUCGAUUGUGACUAAUAUUGUAAUGUAUGCCCAGCCCGAUUCAACAAAGAUCGAUCACAACGAAGACGAUCCUGUAGUUGAGGCAGUUGAGAGUCUGUUAAUACCAGACGAUAUAAUGGCAAAGUCACUGGACUUAGGUUUGAGUUUUGAAAUGGAUAAUAUUGAGCUGACACUGGAGCAGCUACAUCAGCAAUCUCACGAUGAUGAGCAGCCUGAUGAAGCCACCGUUACGUCCACGUCUAUGAAGGCUCCCAAACAGGAUCUCAUCGCAAUUCUAACGCAAUCUCCAGUGCAGCAGCCACCUGCUAAUGUAAGUCCAUAUCCCACUAAAUUGAAGACCAAAGCUAAGAAAACAGGUGCACGCUCAGCCAGCGAAAGAACAACGCCUAUAAAAAAUAAGGAGUGCAGCUUAACACCAGAAAAUGCCGAGAAGACACCACUGAAAAAGCGCAAACUUAAUUUAGACGAUGAAACAGAGAGUCAAGUGGUGCCCCAGACGCCACCUGAUUCGGUAAAGACAACUACUCCGUCACCACAACAUGUCACCAUUGAUGAGACGCUCAAUGCCAGCGACAUAGACAAUAACCACAGUGUCAAAAGCAACUCAUCCAUUAUAACCAAGCGCUGCUCCCUCGGCCAAAGUGACUAUCAAUUCGAGCGGAUUAAUGACGAGGUUGUGCUACGUGUUACACGUCGUGGACGACGCCGACGGGCAGCUCCAUCAGCUGCAGAUAACAACAUAUAAUAAAUAAAAACAUGUAUUUUUAAAGUUGUCAGAUAUACAGCAAUGGAUUUGCUGCUGCAUAUAAAAUAUUAGAUUUAUCUUAGUUUAAAGAAAAUGUGAUUGGAAUUGUAUAUCAAUUAAACUUUUAAUUUAUUUAA